AUGCCCAACCGCUCUUCCAUCUCUUACUUCGGCGCAGGCCCCGCGCCGCUCCCAACCCCCGUCAUCGAAUCCGCCGCGGCAGCCCUAAUAAACUACAACGACUGCGGCCUAGGCCUAGCAGAGAUCUCCCACCGCUCACCCGUCGCCAACAAAAUCCUCGCCGACACCAAGGCAAACCUGAUAACACUUCUAGAUAUCCCCGCGGACGACUAUGAGAUCCUCUUCAUGCAGGGUGGCGGGACUGGGGAGUUCAGUGCCGUCGUGUACAAUAUGGUCGGGGUGUGGGUUGAGCGGAGAAGACGGGCUCUUGCAGCUCAGGCUCAGAGGGAGGGGAAUGGCGAGGAGUUCGUGGAGGCGGAGUUGAAGCGGAUGGUGCGCGAGGAGCUGAAGAUGGAUUACCUGGUGACGGGCUCGUGGUCACUGAAAGCGAUGCAGGAGGCGCAGAGGCUAUGUGGGAAGCAGUUUGUGAAUGCUGCGUGUGAUGCGCGGGAGGGGAAUGGGGGGAAGUUUGGGACGAUUCCGGCCGAGAAGGAGUGGAAGCUUACGAAGACGAGGCGGGAGGGCGGCAGUGGUGCGCCGGCCUUUAUAUAUUAUUGCGACAAUGAGACGGUGGAUGGAGUGGAGUUUCAAGGGUUUCCGACGUGUUUGGAGGCGCCCGAGGGGGAUGUUGCUGAGGAGGAUGAGCGGUUGGUUGUUGCGGAUAUGAGUUCGAACUUCUUGAGCAGGAAAGUUGAUGUGCGGAAGUUUGCGGCUGUUUUUGCCGGGGCCCAAAAGAACGUUGGCGUCGCUGGAAUCACCGUGGUUAUUAUCCGGAAAUCGCUUCUGCCACCUCACACAGCAACACCAUCUCCAGAGCUUCUUCAGCUGUUAUACGCUACGUUGGAUAAAUAUCCGCAGGUUUACGGCGUCGUACCACAUAAGAGCGUGCGGAGUAGGAUGAAUAUUUGCUUCCGUGUCUAUGGCGGGGAUGCGGAGAAGGAGAAGGUGUUCCUGGCUGGGGCGGAGAAGAGGCUUCUUCAGGGUCUAAAGGGCCACCGCAGCGUAGGUGGUAUCCGGAUCAGCAAUUACAAUGCCGUACCAGUGGAGAAUGUGGAGAAAUUGGCGGCUUAUCUGGAGGAUUUUGCGAAUGGGCGGGAGUAA